AUGGAAGGUCUGAAUGUCAGAGCUUACACUUCUCAUUUUAACGACUUGGCGAGGUUAGUUCCACGAAUGGUUACUCCUGAAUAUGUGAAGGUAGAAAGUUGGGGAUUGUCGCCACGAAUUCGCAGUAUGGUUACAUCCGCGAAACCUACCACCUACCUAGAGGCUACUACAUUGGCAAAAUCAUUAGCCGAUGACGCUGCUCGCAAAGGUAGUCUUGAUAAAAAGGAGGAAACCGGGAAGUCAUCGGGCAAGGCCAAAGUAGACGCGAAAUCUGAACGGCCGGGGAGUUCUGAGUCUAAGACAGAAGUUACGAAGAAGCGCAAGUCCGAGAGCUCGAGGAAGGAGACUGAAGAGAAGCGCGACAGGAAACGCAGUUCGAAGAAGGCAUAUGCAGCAAGUUCUAGUGGUACUAGAAAGGAUGGCACCAGAGAUAGCCGAGGCGGAUCUGAGAGAAAGACUCGUGAGGAAGGACAGAAGAAAUGUAACCGAUGCGGACGAACUAGGCAUGCUACUCGCGAAUGCUAUGCCAAAAGUACUGUGGAAGGAACGAGGAUUGAAGGAUGCUUCCAGUGCGGAGAACAAGGACAUUUCAAGAAGGACUAUCCUAAGGCGGGAGGACAGAAUGCCAGGGGUAGAGCGUUCGAGCUAAAUGCUGGGAAGGCACGUGAUGAUCCUGCUGUUGUCACUGGCAUGUUUAUGAUCAAUAACCAUUCCGCGUUCGUACUUUUUGAUACUGGAGCUGACUUGAGUUUUGUCUCAAAAAACUUUGAACCAUUCCUGUGUUCACCUACAAGUAAGCUAAAUAAGAAGUACUCGAUAGAACUAGCAAAUGGUAAACUGAUAGAAACUAGCGAAGUCGUACGCGACUGUAGUAUUCUAUUAGGCGAUCAUAAAUUUAGUAUUGAUUUACUACCAGUGGAGUUGGGAAGUUUCGUUGUAGUUGUGGCAAUGGAUUGGCUGUCCAAGAACAAAGCGGAGAUUGUUUGCUCGGAAAGCAAGUGCGGAUACCUCGUCCUGGUGGUGGCGAAGCGUUAA